GAUUCGCAUGGAUCGAGUUACUGGCUCUCUCGCAUUGCGAGGCUGCUACUCUGUACACUCACUCAGCUGUCUCUGCCGGGCGGGUGGCGCACUCCGCUUCUCACAUCCAUUCAGCUCGAUUCCGCAUCGUUGUCCGAAGAUGACCGUGACUAUUGCGGGGCCAUCCACGAGCCUAACCUCCACCAACCGCGGAGAGUAGAACCAGAGCCGAGGAGAGAGAGAGUGAGAGAGAGAGUAACCCACCUCUCUCUUGUCUCUCCCCAUCAUCUGCCUCAAUCCUCUGGGCAAACCGACAGCUGAAGACGCAACGAUUUCUGCUGAAAUCUAGCUCUCAAAAAACACUCUCACACACGUCUCGUCUGGAUAUUGUGGAAGUAAUUUCACAGAAGGAUAUUCACUGAGGAUGGAUAAUAUAAAUUUGGAGUCGGUGGAGAAGGAGUGCGGCGCGCUUGGUGGAUUAUUCCAGGCGAUUGUCAAUGAUAUGAAGUGUUCAUAUCCUGUCUGGGAAGACUUCAGUGCCAAGGCCACCAAGCUGCACUCUCAACUCCGAACCACGGUUUUAGCAGCAGUGGCAUUUCUGGAUGCCUUUCAGAAGGUGGCGGAUACGGCAACCAACACAAGAGGUGCUACCAGAGACAUCGGAUCAGCUCUGACCCGCAUGUGUAUGAGGCAUCGCAGCAUUGAGGCUAAACUACGCCAUUUUACUAAUGCUUUGAUGGAGAGCCUGAUCACUCCUCUACAGGACCGUAUUGAAGACUGGAAGAAGACAGCCAAUCAACUGGACAAGGACCAUGCCAAAGAGUACAAACGGUCUCGUCAUGAAAUAAAGAAGAAAUCUUCAGACACCUUGAAAUUACAGAAGAAAGCCAGGAAAGAGCUACAGGGCCGGGGGGACCUUCAGCCACAGCUGGACAGCGCAAUGCAGGAUGUGAAUGACAUGUACCUGCUGAUGGAGGAGACAGAGAAGCAGGCGGUGCGGCGUGCUCUAGUGGAGGAGAGAGGACGCUUUUGUACCUUCAUCAGCUUCCUGCAGCCUGUAGUGAAUGGAGAGAUUGCCAUGUUGGGAGAGAUCACUCAUCUCCAGGCCAUUAUUGAUGACCUUACCGUGUUAACCUCAGACCCCCACAAACUGCCCCCAGCCAGUGAGCAGGUAAUAAAAGACCUUAAGGGUUCAGAUUACUCUUGGUCCUACCAGACUCCCCCCUCUUCUCCCAGCAGCUCCGGCUCCAGGAAAAGCAGCAUGUGCAGCAGUGUAAACAGCGCACAUAGUAGCGCCUCUCGAUCCUCUGGUGGCUCUCAGACUCACUCACCCAGUUCGUCCUGUCGCUACCGCAGCGUGGCCCACCCGCUAAGCCCUCUAAAUGUUUCCCUGCUGAUACCCCAUCUUUUAUGGUCUUUCUUACAGAAGUCAUCAAGUUCAGCGUCCUCGGAUGCAUCUGAGACCUGCCAGUCAGUUAGUGAGUGUAGCUCUCCAACCACAGACUGGUCCAAGGUAGGUUCUGGUGAGCAGCCGCUAGCCAGCACACUUCAGAGGAGGAAGGAGCCUCUGGAUAGGCUGCGGGAGGCAGAAACCUCUCCUCAGUCACAGGGAUAUUCUGGGAUGCAUUCGGAAGACCCCCAGAGGCCAAGGAUGACCCCGGCCACUAUCGCUGCCAAGCAUGGUGAGGAGGUUUCCCCAGCUGCUAGUGAUCUAGCUAUGGUCCUGACACGAGGCCUCAGCAUGGAGCAGCAGAAGAGCAGCCGAGACUCCCUUCAGUACUCAAGUGGAUACAGCACUCAGACAACCACCCCAUCCUGCUCAGAAGAUACCAUCCCCUCACAGGGCUCCGAUUAUGAUGGUUACUCAGUGAACGGAGACACUGAGGCCAACGGUCAGGCUGAAUUCGAUAAAUCCUCCACAAUUCCCCGUCACAGUAAUAUCGCCCAGAACUACCGGCGCAUGAUACAGACUAAGCGUCCUGCCAGCACGGCAGGCCUGCCCAGUGGAGUGGGUGCUCUGGGCGGACCACCCGGUGGAGGGGGCGGUAUCUCCGGCACAGCCACCAUUCGCCGAACACCGUCUACGAAGCCUGGGGUGAGGCGCACCCUCUCCAGCGCUGGCCCUAUUCCUAUACGACCACCCAUCGUGCCAGUCAAGACCCCCACUGUGCCUGACUCACCUGGCGGGUAUACAGGCACUACCGCCCAUGUGGGCAGCGAAGAAUGUGUCUUUUAUGUGCCGGAUGAUGCCUCCCCGGGAGCGCUGGAGUACGUGAAGGCCUCUCCAAAGCGGCUGAGCCUGCCUAACACAGCCUGGGGCUCAGGGGGUGUAGGCGGCUUAGAGAUGAGCGUCUACGGCCAACCAGGUGAAGAAGAUCACCUGCUGGCUGCCAAUCGCCACAGUCUGGUGGAGAAGAUCGGGGAGCUGGUAGCCAGCGCUCACGCCUUAGGUGAGGCCCAGUUCCCUUUCCUCUCGCUUCCAAACCAGCCCCCACCAGGCCCCGAGUCCCAACCCGAUCCUGAAGUGCCCCAGGAGGGUGAGGACAUGCUGAGGUCUAUUCGUCGAGGGGUGCGACUGCGCAAAACCGUCUCCAAUGAUCGCUCUGCACCCCGGAUUUUGUGAUGCCUCCUGGAGAGAUGGGAGAAUACAAGCGAAGUAACAGA